AUGGGAGCUCCGGCCUCCGCCGGGGCGACCUCGACGGCCGCGGCCGCGCCAGGACAGCCGACUCGGUCCUCGAGCACCCACCCAUCGCACUCCCACAAUGUCCCUUUGAGCGCUCGCAGAUCUACGCCCCUUGAUCUAUCGACCGUGGAACGUCGUGGUCAACCAAACAACCCCCGAGAGCCCUCGAAGCGCAUUCGCCCUCAUGGGAUCCCCGAAGCCCCGACUUUCCGUCCAACCGAGGAGGAAUUCAAAGACCCCGUGGCCUACAUCCAGAAGAUUGCCCCCGAAGGCAAGAAGUAUGGAAUUUGCAGAGUUGUCCCGCCUGAGGGCUGGCAACCUACUUUCGCAAUCGAUACAGAGCGAUUCCAUUUCAAAACACGUCGACAGGAAUUAAAUUCUGUUGAAGGAGGUAACCGCGCCAAUAUGAACUACGUCGAUGGACUCGCUAUGUUCCACAAGCAGCACGGGACCAACUAUAGCAGACUACCCAGCGUCGACAAGCGGCCAUUGGAUCUCUACAAGCUCAAAAAAGCAGUCGAGAUUCGUGGUGGGUUCGAAUCCGUGUGCAAGACGAAGAAAUGGGCUGAAAUCGGUCGCGACCUUGGAUACAGCGGCAAAAUCAUGUCAUCAUUGUCGACUUCGCUGAAGAACUCCUACCAGCGCUAUCUACAGCCUUACGAGGAAUAUUUGGCCCGGGCCAAACCGGGUGUCCAGCAACAGCUUGAGCUUGAGCAUGGUGGCCCAUACACUCCUUCGCCGAACCAAUCUCCUAUGACUUACAAGCCUAUGAUGGAUGAGAAUGGCACGCCUUCGAAAUCCCGCGAUGAAACCCCCACUCUACCUAGGAUGGCAGCUUCACAUACCCCGAUGGAAAAGUCACCCGAGAAGCCUACACCCCCCGUCGAACCCACCCCUCCUCCACGUCCUGCGCCCACCGGCUUCACUCCUGUGAAUACCGGCCUUGGCGGUUUCACCGCUGUUAAUCACUCUCCGUUUACCCCGGCGAAUAACACCCCUGGAAACAACACACCGGUUCACAACGGCUCACUUGAUAUCAAGCGGGAGGUAGAGAACGGCACAUCGACUCCCAAGCCUGUUUCUGAGCAUGCUUUCGUCUCCACUCCCGUGAACGGCCAGCCUGGAGAAUCCGUGAAGCGCGGCAUUAGUCAGGAGAAUGGUUCUCAGAGUGAGAAUGGUGAUGAUGACGGCGGAAGUGGGCGACGUAGCAAACGUCUCAAAAAAGAUUCACUACCAACAGUUGCUGGUUCCCACAUGUCUCUUCUUCGGCCUGUACCACCAAAAGUUCGCAAGGAUGGUGUUCAACCAGAUGGAGAGAAAUGCGAGACCUGUGGCAGUGCAGAUGAUCAAGACUCAAUCUUAAUGUGUGAUGGUUGUGAGCUUGGCUAUCAUAAAGCUUGCCUGGAUCCAUCCACUACAACACCAUCGGAACAUGACUGGCAUUGUCCUAAAUGCCUCGUCGGCACCGGAGAAUUUGGUUUCGAGGAUGGUGGUGUCUACUCUCUCAAGCAGUUCCAAGAAAAGGCAAACGAGUUCAAGAAGAAAUAUUUUGCUUCCAAAAUGCCCUUUGAUCCCGUUCUUAACACGCAUCGCCGCGAGACGGAGGAUGAUGUUGAGGCCGAGUUCUGGAAACUUGUUGUGGAUCUACAUGAAACCGUUGAAGUCGAGUAUGGCGCGGACAUCCAUUCGACCACACAUGGCAGUGGUUUCCCUACCAUUGAACGCAACCCUCUUGAUCCGUUUUCAUCCGAUCCCUGGAACCUAAACGUGCUCCCAUUCUACGGUGACUCGCUCUUCCGUCACAUCAAGUCUGAUAUCUCUGGCAUGACCGUGCCUUGGGUCUACGUUGGCAUGUGCUUCUCAACUUUCUGCUGGCACAACGAGGAUCAUUACGCGUAUUCAGCCAAUUACCAGCACUUCGGCGCUACUAAGACUUGGUAUGGAAUUCCAGGUGCUGAUGCCGAGGCCUUCGAGAAUGCCAUGCGCGAUGCAGUCCCCGAGCUGUUCGAAGGGCAACCCGACCUUCUUUUCCAGCUUGUUACAUUAAUGCCCCCUGACAAGCUUCGAAAGGCGGGCGUCAACGUCUACGCAGUGGAUCAGCGCGCUGGUCAAUUUGUUCUCACCUUCCCCCAAGCGUAUCAUGCAGGAUUCAACCACGGCUUCAAUUUCAAUGAAGCAGUCAACUUUGCGCCUGCUGACUGGGAGCCGUAUGGAGCACUUGGUGUUCAACGCCUUCAGAACUUCCGCAGACAUCCAUGCUUCUCGCAUGACGAGCUACUUUUGACCGCGGCUUCGCGUGAUACUUCAAUUUCCACUUCUAAGUGGCUUGCGCCUGCUCUGAAUAGAACUCGCAACCGAGAGCUUGCUGAACGUGCUCACUUCCUAAACCGACAGAAGGAAAUCUCUGCCCUUAAUUCCGCUUACUCUACCUCUAUGACAGAGGGUCCACAGUCGAAGUUCGUAACCGAGGAUGAAGAUAUCCCCGAAGAUGAUUACCAGUGCCACCAUUGCAAAGCCUACGCUUACCUCACCCAGUUCCGCUGUCACAAAUCAGGCAAAACUGUUUGUUUAAUGCAUGUGGACACCUACGAUUGCUGUGGAGAAACUUAUGCUCAGAAGUUGUGUGGCCCAAAUCACACCCUGCGUUAUCGCAUGGGUGAUGCCGAUUUAGACACGCUCGUGCAAAAGGUCCAGGAACGUGCCAGGAUCCCGGAAGCGUGGUCCGAAAAGCUCAACAAGACCUUGGAGGAUGAACCAAAGCCCCAGCUUAAGGCCCUUCAUAACUUACUCAAUGAAGGUGAGAAAAUCCCAUACCACUUGUCUGGCCUUCAAGAUCUUGCGGCCUUCGUCCAGCGUUGCGAUAAAUGGGUGGAAGAAGCCAACAACUACAUUACCCGGAAACAACAAAACCGGAGAAAAAACGAAAAAGCAUGGCGCAGGGCCAGUACCAAGGCAGCGCAGCUGGACGAUCGCGACCGUGAAGUCCGCAGAGUGGAACACAUCUACGCCCUUCUGGCAGAGGCUGAUAAACUUUCGUUCGACUGUCCACAGAUGGCGGCGUUGGAAGAGAAGACCCGCGAAAUCGAGAAAUUCCGCCAGGAUAUUAAUGCUGCCCUGAUGAACCCGCGUACCCGGCCGGUCCAGGAGAUUGAAGAGAUGAUCGAAUCUGGCCGAAACUUCAACGUGGAAAUCCCGGAACUGGAAAACCUGGAGCAAGUCUCCCGACAAAUCAAAUGGACCGACGAAGCUGCCCGCAAGCGUGAUCAAUACUUGACCCUCCAGAAUUGCCGAGAUCUUGUCGCUUCCGCUGAACAAGUAGGUCUCGCUGAGACCAAUGAGCAUUUGCUCCAUUUCAAGGAACUGACUCGCCUCGGUGAUGCGUGGGAGAACAAGGCCAAGGAAUUGAUGUCCGUUGAAGCUGUCCACUAUCAGCAAUUGGAGGCUCUCUCAGCGCAGGCAUCUCGCUUCCCGGUAUCGCCGGAUACGCUCACUGCUGUCGAUGCUAUCUUGACCAAGCAACGUGAGGCGCAGAAGCGGAUCCAAACCUUGUACGAGAAGAGCAAGGACCCCGAGCUGAAGAACCGACCCAAGUACAAGGACAUCCGGGACCUAAUGGAAUCUCUUGAGCAUCUGACUAGUAGACCCAUCGGUGCAAUUGACUUGGAGCGGGAGCAAAAGCGGCACGAAGACUGGAUGAGGAAGGGCAAGAAGUUGUUUGGAAAGGCCAACGCCCCUUUGCACAUCCUGCGAUCUCACAUGGAAUACGUUGCUAAGCGGAAUUCGUACUGCUUCGAUCUUGAAGACAGUUACCGUCCACCCGUUGAGCCUUCCUCUCGGGAUAAUUCUCCUGAGGGGUUGCUUGAAACCACCAACACCGGACCGAAUGUGUGGGGACCGAAAUCACGAAAGAGGGAUGUUUUUUGUAUCUGCAGACAUUCCGAGGCAGGAAUGAUGAUUGAAUGUGAAGUCUGUCAUGAAUGGUACCAUGGAAAAUGUUUGAAGAUUGCUCGGGGCAAAGUCAAGGAAUUCGACAAGUACACAUGUCCGAUUUGCGAUUGGCGACAGAAGAUUCCACGUGAUGCCGCUCGUCCCAAACUUGAGGACCUUCAGGACUGGCACGCGGAGAUUGCAACUUUGCCUUUCCAGCCUGAGGAAGAAGAAGUUCUCGAGAAUAUCAUCAACCAGGCUACUGCGUUCCGCGAUUUCCUUCAUGGCUUCACGAAUGCUGCUUGCACUACCACCGAGGAAGUGCCUACUUUGAUAUUCUACCUGCGCAAAAUUGAAGGUGCUGAAGUUCUUCUUACCUUUGAGACCAACUUCUUCCGGCAGGAGAUUCAUAAAUGGGCACCGGUUGCUCCGGAGCCUCCCCCAAUUCUGGAGCAGUCCUUGUCAACCCGGAAGCCACGUCCUACUAAGCAGCAGAAGAUAAUGGCCCAGCUUGGCGUGAAUCGUCCCGAGGAUCUCCCAGAACAUCUGCGACCCAAGCACAUCGGUGUCACCAAGCGGAAGUCGGUAGAUGCUCAGUCACAGUCUGCUCGACCUACAUCUUUGCAGCCAGCGCCUGUGACUUCCAGCAGUAACCAACCUCCAAGCACGGGUCCAACAUUGACGCCGAUGUCAGACCCCAACACUGCAUCGUAUCCUUUCUCCGCAAACUACUCUCUGCCUGCUAGCGACUCCACACCCGCCUUUGCGCCUACUUCCUCCUCUGCUUUCCUCCCUCACGCCGCCGCUUCUCAAUCUCCUUCAUUCCUACCUCGUUCUCCCUCGCCCCAACAGGGCAUGGAAACAUCGCUUUUCAGUCCUCCGCGUUUCGGUCGUGAGCCUCAAUUCGCAAGCAGUAGUCCUCGCCAGAAUCUGGAUGACGUGUUUGCGGAUCUGACCAAUCAAGAAGAUGUCGACCCCGAAGCCGAAGGGCAAUCCAUGGAGAACACCCAUGCAAACGAGGCCCUUGAGGCUCUGGUAGCCGAUAAUGGCAGCAGUCGUGCUGGCUCAGUUCACGUGGAGCAAAUCCAACCUGAUGAACAUCAUGAACUCAAACAUGAGGGCGCCGACGAAGCCCUCGACGACUCGGAACUAUGA